ACCUUGGAGGAGAAACUGGUGAAGAUUCAGAAGGAGCGUAGCCUUGACAUUCUGGAACUGGCCAAGGUCAAGGCCCAGAUUAAUGACAAGGACAGGCAGAUAGAGCUUGAGGUCAAGAAAGUGGAGAAGUUCCGUGGGGUGUGUAAGGAACUGGAGGAACAGAUGAAGGACCUGGAGGCUCUUGUGGCAGAGUACGAGAAGCGGGAAGCUGAGUGGAAUAAGAUCAGGAAGACGUAUGAACAGGUGGUGGAUGAACGAGAGGAGGAACUUGAGGGAACCAGUCAGAGGUUGUCAGCCAUAGAGCAUGCCAGAUCUUCCAAUGACCAGCGUCUGACAAGCCUGAAGCAGCAGCUGAAGUCCGCCAAGGCUGCCCACAAGAGUGAAGUAGAGGCAUUAAACCACAAAUUGUGGGAAGAGAGAGCCAAGGGACAGAAGUUCAACAACAAGAUGUCUGAUCUGAAAGAAAAGUGUGAGAAGAGCGAGCAGAUCCUGAGUCACCAGAAGCAUAUCCUGGAUGCCCAGGACACUGACAAGAUCAAGCUGAAGGAGGAGAUCUCCAAGAUCCUGACGGAGAACCAGGAACUUAGAGGGAACAACCUGAAGCUGAGGAAGAACCUCGAUGAAGCCAUGGACAAGUUCGAGCUCAUCUUCGGGGAGAAGAUUGAUCUCGAGAACUUUACUGAAGCCAUGCAGGGCCUCCACUUCUUGGAGAAAUACAAGUUUGAGAGUACCAUCGGCCAGCAGAUGAAACUGAUAGACUAUCUACAGGAACUGUGGCAUGAUAGUAUGUCCAAGAAGAAGAAGCCUGGCAAGAUUUUUGGCAGCAUGAGAGGCAAGGACGCACCGACUGUUGUUCCACAGUGGAAGGAGUUUCAGGCCAGUCUGGAGUCGGAGAGAAAGAAGAACUGUAAACUCCAGGAGCAGCUGGACCGACUACGCCAGGAGAACUACCAGCUGUCCAAUGACUUACUGAAGCUGAAGGGUCCCCUCCGUGAAAAACUCAUCUUGGAUGGUACCAGUACUCUCACCCCCAAGGUGAAGGCCGCUGUAGCCGCCCUUGCACAAUCUCCGUCCAGUCAGCCCGACCCUGGUACACUGAUGCCAGACGUUGCCUCCUACGUCGUAGGAACCCCAUCAGCACCACAGCCUAAACAGCAACGCAUGCAUCACAACAUCCCACACCGGUUUGUCACCGGCCUCAACACCCGGGCCACGAAAUGUGCUGUGUGCCUUGGCAGUGUCCACUUCGACAAACAGGCCGCAAAAUGUCAAGAAUGUCAUAUAGUGUGCCACCCCCCGAUGUGUGACGUCGGUCCCAGCGUCAUGUGGCCUGCCCACAGAGUAUGUGAGUCACUACACAGGGAUGAUGGCGCGAGUCAACACCGAGCAGCCUCUGUACUACGGGGAGGAGGAGGAGGAGAAGGAUCUGAGCAGCGCCAUACGCAUGGAGGGAUGGCUGAAAGUGCCGCGAACUGGCAAGUCAAGUUGGGAGAAGCGCUACGUUACACUAGACGGCACAUGGCUGAUGGUGUACAACCAGCAGAAUGAUGGCAACCCUGUCGACACCCUGGAGUUGAACCCUGGGGAUGCUGAAGUUAGCGUUCACAGUGCCGUCACAGCAGCAGAACUGUCCAAC